AUGUCUGUCCGCCGAGCCAUCGCGAUGGAUAACGAUGCCUUUGUCGACCCGCUUGCAAACCUGUUCCCCCAAGCUGACAAGCCUCGCUUCGCCAACCUUGACUGGCCCGUCUGGGAUGAAGGAGUCUUCGACCCCAACAUGCAAGCACUCGAAGACGGUCACGAGCUCGCCUUCAUUGCCGGUACCGCCUAUGUUCGCCGUUCCGUCAGCCUAGAGCGUCCGCCGGGUCUUCCUGAAUUUCUCGACAAAGCAACCCUCAACUUUCUUGGUCGUUGGGGCAUCAACGGCUUCAUCAUCGGCAAAGAAAAAGCGGUAGUACAGAUCAAAGACAGCCACGAUCUUUUAGCAAGCUUCCGCUCGGGCGUUCUGUUUGCUAUCGAGAAGCUGCGGGAAUUGCAAGUUCCAAAAGAUGUCAACGAGGGAGUCUUGAAAGAACUGAUCGACGCCCUGGAAGCGCAUGCACACGGUCAUUUCGUGGCGAUGGCAGAGCUCGGUCCUGGCAUUGCGGAAGCGCUGAGGGUUGAAAGCGUUCUUACGAGGCUCGGUCUGAGGGAAAUAGAGGAAGACUCUGGAAUCGAUGAAGAACAGGAUGAACCACAGGAUGGACGCAGCGAAAAGAGCAGCCAAGAAGUGGGUAAGGACGACGACGGCUCCCAGUAUACUGAAGUCUUCGAAGGCAUUGGAGGAAGUGUCGCUUCAGGCGACAGCGAUCAGGAGGACUUAGUCUUCGAAGGAGACGAGCUGUAUGAGGAAUGGAAGGACAUUCUUGAAAUUUUGAGAGAGCAGCAGAUGGGCAAGAAUGGGAAUGGAGACACUCAAGGUGGUGAGAAUAAUCCAGAGAGCGCGGCAGGCUCAUCGAAGAAGAGGAGGAGGACCAAGAGUAAGAAGGCGAAGAAAGCGAAAAUUCAAGCCGAACGCGACAAGAUGAAGGCGAAAGAAACAAAGGCUGGCUGA